AUGAUAUCAAACAGAGUCAUUCGUUUUGCGCUCAUAUGCGCCAGCUCAUCACUCUUUUACACACCUAGCCGGGCAUCUCCCACAUCGUCCUCAUCCUCACCAUCGCCGGCAACAUUUCCCUUCCCGUCCUGCGUCGAGAGCUGCGUCAAUGUUUCCGGCUGUAACACCGACGACCCGCGGUGCUUGUGCCAGUUCUCAGGCAAGGGUAUCUUCCUCGAGCUAGCCUUGACCUGCAUGUCCUACUACUGCGAAGCCGAGCUCCGCCGUGCCGACGACACUCUGAUCGACAUCAUGGAAGCUGGUUGCAAAUCCGUUCGCCAACCGAUACCCGAGGAGAAGCUGGAGAUGGCUGAGGCGUGGGCUAGCAGGCUGGUGAAGAACCUUCCCCCAUCGCCAACAAUUGCGACCACCACGGUUCACCAGCCUUCCUUGCCUACGACACUGGUUACGAUACAGCCGCCGCCGCCGCCAGUGACGGCAAUUACUACCACGCAUGUGUCUCCGCCAACAGCGGUGACGACCACAACAACAACGAAACCAACGACUUCUUCAUCAUCAACAAGCACUUCUUCCCCAUCAGACGCCACCACCUCCGCCCCAGAAAGCAGUAGUAGCACCACCAGCGCUACCACGCUCCAACCCCAGACCUCCUCAACCAAACCAGCCAACGAAGCAGCUACGUCUGCUCCCGCACCAAAACCACGUCCGGAUUCGAGUCCGUAUGGGCCGUUUGUUGGGCCGAUCCCCAGUUCUGCCGUCAUGGGCGUCAUGGUUUCACUUCCCUUCUUGCAUUGGGUAUCGACACUUGUGUGUUCGGCUGUUGCGGGGAUUUUGUUUGCAUAG